AUGUGUAGCGGCCGUGAGGACUUCCGUCAUGACGGACUGGACUGGAUUGUAAUACGAGUGCGUGCUUCUCGGCCCCAACGGCGACGUCGUGUCCACACACAGAGCACCGAGUCCCUCCCGCAAUGCUUCGAUGGGGGCCACGGUCAGCGGUACGGAGUAGCACUGGCCAUGAUGGUGUCGCCAGGCUGCUUGACGCCUCGACAAAGCCCCCGUCGAGGCGAGGCCAGGCAGCGGCUGCAAUAUCCCGCGUCAUUUCAUAGGCUCAGCAUGGCCGAAUCGUUGCUGCAGCAGUCUUCGGCGGUAAUAGUAGAGCCGGGUAUUGAGACGGCAUCUUCUGAACAGGAUUCAGACGCGAGGCCCCCAAAGAUGCCCAAGGCUCUUGAUGAUAAUGGCCAAACUCAUCUGCUGGAGCACGGAGGAGACAAGACGGUGCCGGAUUGCACCAGGCGGCUUUCGCAAAUUCGGUGA